AUGGCCUCGAACGAGAAUUUGGCCCGUCAAGAUGUAGACAGAGGGUUUGUUAUUCUGGCUGUUGGCUGGAUAGAAUGCGGCAUCACGACCUUGUUCGUCACCGGUCGAGUAUACAACCGUUUUCAGAAGCGAGGCGGCUUGGGAGCAGAUGACUGGCUUAUUUUGAUAUCGUUUAUACUCGCCGUCGCCUUCAUGGGCGUCACCACACCAGAAGUGCAAUAUGGCACAGGGAGGCACCUCGAGUUCCUCUCUGAAGAUGAAAAGAUCCAGUCGGUCAAGCUCGACUGGGUCAGUCAGGCAUUCCACAUUAUGAGCACCGCCGUGGCCAAGAUCUCGAUUGUCCUCUUCAUCCGGCAAAUCAUUGGCAAGGGCCACUCCCGCAUGUGGUUCCUCUACAUCAUGGUGGCCAUGCUGUUCGUCAUCAGCGUCGUCUGCGUGGCCUUUAUCUUUGCGCAGUGUACGCCUGCUGCGGCCUUGUGGGAUCCAAGGCUGAGCGAGGUCGGAAAGUGUUGGGAUCCCAAGGUGCAACAGGGUUAUGGGUAUUUCACAGCCUCCUUCUCCGUCUUUUCGGACUUUGCGUUGGCCGUGUUUCCCGUCAGCGUGUUGUGGAACUUGCACAUGGAGUGGCGGCUGAAGAUGAGCCUCAUGUUUUUCAUGGGCCUGGGCGCGUUUGCCGGCAUUGCGUCCAUUAUCAAGACGAUGAAACUCGAGACGCUCUCCUCCCGAGGCGAUUAUACAUAUGAAACAGUUGACCUAAUCAUCUGGAUGAUGACGGAACAAUUCUGCAUCAUCAUCGCCGCGUGCAUUCCGCCGAUGCGCUCCCUCUUCGUCAACAUCUACCGCAAAGUCUUCAACAUCCAGUCCACCCACGACGCGUCGUCAAAUAAAACGGGUGGCACGAAAUCCAGACAAGGCUACGUCAACCAGCCCUCGCAAAACGAGCAGCACGGUCUGUCGCGCAUGGAGUCGGGCUACUGGCGGAAUGAGACGGAGAUCUCGGCCGCGGCCUAUCGCUCAGAGCCAGACGGCGACAAUUCGAGUGGCCAUGCCGAUCGGCGGAGCGACAGCGAUGAAUUGCUGAGGGAGCAGCACAGGGGAAUUGUGAAGAGAACCGAGGUGAUGGUUUCCGAGCAUCGGAUGUGA